AUAAAAUUUAUAUAAUGCAAGACGGCUCUCCUUCAUACCACAUAACAACGACUUCCUACAAGAACCACUUCACUCGGACAAUCUGUCUACUUGAAUAAGAACCAUGUCAUUCCAACACACCAACCUAUUCGGUGGCGCCAUAACCGUCGACCUCCCAACCGGGUUUGGCGACGUGAGCGACAUACGCCAAGUCCCUGACACCCAAGAAGUCUACCUCGAUGCCAACGGCUUCACAUCCAUCAUCUUCGACAUCCUCGAGUGGGUCGAAGAUGCCGCCUCCGAUGAAGCAGCGCUGAAGGUGCAUUUCCAAGACAUCGUAGACGGCAGCGGGGAUGCCACCAACUUCCACGAGGUCAAGCAGGCGACUUUAGCAAAGAUGCCCUCUACUCCAGCCCAUACCCUUCUAGCCAUCCAAACACCUGCCACACCACCAACUCCCCCACGCAAUCCUCAGCCCGACUUCACCGCCAUCCUGCUCACGCUUGUACGGCUUGCGGAGCAGAAGACUGACAUCACAAUCGCCAUCAACGUACCACAUGUAGCUGAAGAGUAUGCUCUCGGAAGCGUAGACCUAGAGAACGGCAAGCCAGGUGUGAUGCUGGAAGCGGCAGCGAUGGUGCGGGAGAAAGUUUUAGCGAGCUUCGAGGUCAAGGACUGGGGCCUUUUUGUUAAUUAGACUUUAUCUGCAUGGUCCAGAUAUGGAAGUCCGUGAUGAAAUUCAGGAGAAUUUGGUGGCCUAGGAAUAGGGACAGGAAUCGGGC